GGGAUUUCAAUGGUUUCUCUGUGUAGUCAGGCAUGGUGAUUGUUAGAGUGGUACAACAUUUCUGUGUUCUCAAAUAAUAUUCUGUGUCUAGGUUGGUUCAUCAAGUGCUCUGCUAUGGCUGAUUUCUCUGGUUGAGUUAGUCUGCAGUGCCUUUCAUGUUCCUUGAUUCGUGUUUGGGCAAUGCUGCUGCGUUUGGUGGUCCCUAUGUAGAUUUGUCCACAGCUGUAUAGUAUACACUAGACUCCUGCAGAGGUCAAGGUGGAAGAAAGAAUCUCAUAGUCUGCUGGGAACCUAACUCUGCCUUAUCCUAGUCCAAACUUUAACUGCAACCCUUCACUGGCUCUGUGCCUUUGUGAGCUCACAUCCAAAGAGGUCUUUUCCAGAAGUACCUGAUGGGUGCUUUCUGUGACAGAAACUGGGACAGAAGGAUCUAGAAAUAGCAACUUCAGAACUCUUGUGAAGUCUGUCACAACGGCAAAGAAUGGCAGAAAAUAAAGAAAAGAGUUCUAAAAAUACCGAUGUCCGACCUAAAACGAGCCGGAGCAGAAGUGCAGAUAGAAAAGAUGGAUAUGUGUGGAGCGGAAAGAAACUUUCCUGGACAAAAAGGAGAGAGAGCAGUUCUGAUGCUGAAACAGCAAGUAUCUCAGGGAAAUCCUCUUGUGGUUUAAGGAACCAAGAAAGGAAACACAGUUGUUCCUCAACGGAGCUGGACCUGGAACGUUCCUGCGGCCACCGAUUCUUAGGCCGUUCCCUUAAACAGAAACUGCAGGAUGCUAUGGGGCAGUGUUUUCCUAUAAAGAACUGCAGCAGCCGGCAUUCUUCUGUGCUUCCAUCAAAGAGAAAAAUACAUAUCAGCGAGCUUAUGCUGGACAGAUGUCCUUUCCCACCACGAUCUGAACUAGCCUUUCGUUGGCAUUUAAUCAAACGUCAUACCGCCCCUGUCAAGCAAAAAUCUGAAAGUUGGUUGAGUUUGGACUCGUUGGCGGGGGAAAGGAAGGAUGGCGAGCUGAGGGAUGUUGAGAGUACAGAUGGAGGAGGCUCGGCGAUUUUGCAGGCUUGUAACGUCAGUGACAACGCUUCUUGUAGAUGUGAUCCUCUGGGGGAGUCUACUAUGUUUAGGCAGCUGAAGAACAACAGAGAGGAAAGUGACAUGGACUCUGAUGACGAAAUGAUGGUGCUUUGUACCAGCUCUAGGAAAAGAAAUAAGCCGCGAUGGGAAACCGAUGACGAACUGAUACAGCUGGAAACGCCACCCAAGUAUCACACCCAGAUUGAUUAUGUCCAUUGUCUUGUUCCUGACCUCCUUCAGAUCAAUAAUAACCCAUGCUACUGGGGGGUGAUGGAUAAAUAUGCUGCAGAAGCCCUCCUAGAUGGGAAGCCAGAAGGGACCUUUUUGUUACGGGACUCUGCUCAGGAAGAUUACUUGUUCUCUGUUAGUUUCAGGCGGUACAGCCGUUCCCUACACGCCAGAAUUGAGCAGUGGAAUCACAACUUCAGCUUCGAUGCUCACGACCCGUGCGUCUUCCAUUCUCCCGACAUUACUGGGUUGCUGGAGCAUUACAAAGACCCAAGCGCUUGUAUGUUCUUUGAGCCACUUCUCUCUACUCCUUUAAAUAGGACUUUCCCCUUUUCUCUCCAACAUAUAUGCAGGACGGUUAUUUGUAACUGUACCACAUACGAUGGCAUAGAUGCCCUUCCUGUCCCUCCGUCUGUGAAGUUAUAUUUGAAAGAAUAUCAUUAUAAGUCAAAAGUGAGGGUCCUCAGGAUUGAUGUACCAGAACAACAAGUCUAGUAAACGUUUAAUGAUGACUUUUGGGUCGUUAAAAAGUUUGAGAGGAUUUGUGUGGGCUUUUUUGGUUGGUCUACCCCGCCUCCCCAUUAUUAUUUAUAGUUUGAAUUCUGAGUUUUAUGGUCCAAAUAGAUUUGUAUUCCUCAACCCCAAUGAACAGGUUUUUGUAUGUGAAGAUACACAAUCUGUAGUUUUACUGGUUGUAAUAGGGUUUUCUGGAACCUCACGUAGUUUUUUGGGUUUUGUUAAAUUUUCACUCAAGCCUAAGCUUUUAGAUUUGAAACUGAGUCAAAACUGAAUCUGACUUGCCUUUUGUAAACUGAUUUAUAUUAUAUGCGGUACAGGCAUGUUUAAAACACUGUAUGCAAUGUUUUCUGCAGAGUGACCAAUUUGUAUUUUCUACCUUUAUUUAAGAAUCAGUACUUUGUCCUCUCCACAAAAAGUAAAAUUAAUAUUUCUGUUUAUAAUGCUGAUGCUGUGUGGGUUUUUGAGUAUCUUUUUUUUUUGUAUGACUGAAGUUUUCUCAGUUUUGAGAUUCUAAAUUACAAUUAUCUGGUAAUUUGCACAAUGUUUUCCCAUUGUAGAAAACACACAUAUUGAUCUGUAUAUGAUUAAAACAGUAUUUAACUUCC